AAAAAAAAAAAACAGGCUCAGGCUGGGCUUCUGCCAUGAUGUCAGAGGGAAAGAAACCCACAGCUUGCUAAUUUCACCUCCCAAUCGGCCCCGGGAAAAGGAGAUCACCGGGAACAGUUGUUUCCCCCUGUGGUCAUGACGGCUUCGCACAGUGACUCUUUGGUGGUGUUGUUUGGGGCAACAGCUGGUGCAUAUGGGGCUAAACUGGGUUCGGAUGAGAGGGAACUAAUUCUCUUGGUGUGGCAAGUUGUGGAUCUCCCCAGCAAGAAGGUAGGGACGCUACACAAAUCCCUGGUGAAAGCAGACAAUUUGGAGUUAAGUGACCAAUGUCGUGAAGUGAGUGGUUUAACACCAGAGGGACUGGGCAAAGCUGAGCCUCUGGACCGGGUUCUUCAACAGUUUAUUCAGCUGGUAUCCAGUGAUUUGAAAGUAUUUGGAAGGAACUCUUACACCCUUUGCAGUGAUGGCCAGUUACUCAUUCGACAAGUCCUCCACCCAGAAACAUCUAAGAAGAAUUUCCUGCUGUCAGAAUGCUUCUAUUCCUUUUAUGAUCUGCGCAAAGAAUUUCACACGUGCUACCCUAGUUCAGCCGCCGUGAAAGACCAGACUAUCAAGACCAUGGCAGAAUAUCUAGGCUUAGGGACAGAUGAAGCAGAGGAGGACUUUGGCGUGUGGCAAGUAAAAACAAUGGUGGCUAUCAUUUUCAGCAUGCUCUCUGAAAAUUGUGAUCACAUAUUUACUGACCCUGAAACUGUGAAAUACAAGUACGAAACAGGUCCUUGCAGCAAAUCAGAAACAGUGGAUAGCGAGACGGUAAUACGUGCUAGAGGUUUGCCGUGGCAGUCUUCAGACCAAGAUAUUGCCCGAUUCUUCAAAGGGCUCAAUAUUGCCAAAGGUGGCGUGGCCCUUUGUCUGAAUGCUCAAGGAAGAAGAAAUGGUGAAGCAUUAGUUCGAUUUGUCAAUUCUGAACAGAGAGAUCUGGCACUGGAAAGACAUAAGCAUCACAUGGGUAGCAGAUACAUUGAGGUUUACAAAGCAACUGGGGAAGAAUUCUUAAAAAUUGCAGGAGGUACCUCCAAUGAAGUGGCUCAGUUCUUAUCUAAAGAGAAUCAAGUUAUCAUCCGGAUGAGAGGUCUUCCAUUCACUGCUACUCAGGAGGAUGUUUUAGGAUUCCUGGGGCCAGAGUGUCCAGUCACAGGAGGGAAAGAAGGACUUCUCUUUGUCAAGUACCCAGAUGGCAGGCCCACAGGAGAUGCAUUUGUGUUGUUUUCCUGUGAAGAAUAUGCACAGAAUGCACUUAAAAAGCACAAAGAAAUACUUGGGAAGCGUUACAUUGAACUCUUCAGGAGCACAGCAGCAGAAGUUCAGCAGGUACUUAAUCGAUACAUGUCAACACCUCUUAUUCCCACCCUCCCAACUCCCAUCAUUCCUGUUAUACCCCCACCAUAUACAAUUGCCACGGGUAGCAUACGGGACUGUGUCCGGCUUAGAGGCCUUCCUUACACUGCUGGCAUUGAUGAUAUCCUGGACUUCAUGGGAGAUGCCACAGCUGAUAUAAAGCCUCAUGGAGUUCACAUGGUCCUUAAUCAACAGGGACGACCAUCAGGUGAUGCUUUUAUCCAAAUGAAAUCUGCUGACAAAGCCUUUAUGGUGGCUCAAAAAUGUCACAAAAAAAUGAUGAAGGACCGUUAUGUGGAAGUAUUCCAGUGUUCAGGAGAGGAGAUGAACUUUGUUUUAAUGGGUGGCACUUUAAAUCGUAGUGGCUUAUCCCCACCGCCAUGUAAGUUACCAUGUCUUUCUCCACCAGCUUAUGCUGCUUUUCAAACAGCAGCUGUGAUCCCAGCAGAAGCAGCGCUUUACCAGCCACAAGCCCUCUUGCCAACAGCAAGGACUCCCCAGGCCUCAGCUGCUGCUCCUCCAGCUGUUACCUACUACCCAGCUCAGGCUGCUCAGCUUUAUAUGAACUACACAGCUUACUAUCCCAGUCCUCCAGUAUCCCCUACCACAGUGGGAUAUCUUACAGCUCCUCCAGGAGCUGUAGCUGCUGCUGCCACUGCCACCCACACUCCACUUCUACCCCAGCCUGGAGCAUUAGUCCGAAUGCAGGGUUUGCCAUAUAACACAGGAAUGAAGGAGAUUCUAAGUUUCUUCCAGGGAUACCAGCUCCACACAGAUUCCAUCCUCAUGCUUUACAACUUUAGUGGCCAGCCCAGUGGAGAGGCAUUGGUGACUUUUCCAAGCCUGGAUCUAGCUAAGAAAGCAGUGGCUGAGAAAAAUGGACAGCUCCUGGGAGGCUGCUGUGUAGAACUGUUGCUGGUCUAACUAAACACACUCUGGGGCAUGGGGAAGGAAUGUCGUGCUGAACACUGUGCCUUUUACAAAAUAAGGAGUCUUCCCUUGCCACCCCUGCAGCGUCAAAUGUGCCUUUUCAACAUGCUGUGUUGGAAUGUAGAAUGGUACAUGUCCUGUAUUUAAUUUGAAAAAGGGUGUAUUGUAUGCCAAAGAUAAAGCAACAGGAAAAUAUAUGCAGUUAAUUUACUUAUUCUCUUAUGUACUUGUUUGAAAAUAAGCAAACCCCUUAUUGGCAACUUGUUAAUUCUGAAGACAGUCUAAUAGCACUUCAGCUGUCGCAGCCAUGGGAGGAACCUAUUGCCUGUUCAGUAGCAUUUGAAGUGGAAAGUGAAGCUUGAGUCAUUCAGAUUCUUCUGUGUUUAGUUUUUAAGAGUUUACACUCGGCAAAGUGUCUGUUUUUUGUAGAAUUGAAAUGUCUUUAUAAAGGGCUUUUGGAAUGUGUAGCAUUCCCAACUCAAAGCAUAUAGCUCAUUGAUUUUUUUUUUUUCAUGGUUGUUCUUGAUUGGAAAAUACCAGGAUGCUGGACCCCAAAUACAGUUGUGCUUUCUCAUGUUUUCGUUAUGUUGUUUUGCAAAAGCCAUAUUUGUCUUUCCUACCAAUGUACUGCUGCCAAAUGUGUAAAGCAAAAAAUAAAAACAAUGGCAAAAACGGAAGAAUCCUCUGUGCCCAACCAGAAUUCCCUACCCAACCCCAAAUUUUUAAUCUCUACAGGACAAAAAUGGCACAUAAACCUGAGUACUAAUAAGUUAUAUUUUUUUAUUUAAGCAUAAUAGCUUUCAAAUACUGUAUUAAAGAUUUUGCUCUAGUUUAUGUGCAUGCGAUUUGUUUACAUCUUUGAACUACUUUAUUUGUAUAUUAUGAAACAACAAGAUAUGUUGAAAUCUAAAUUCUCUAGUGCAUGCUUUUUUCUUUGUGUGUAUAUACAUAAGCUAGAAGUACUUUGUCAUGUAGCAUGUGUUUAAAAAAAAAAAAAAGACAUCUGCUGUAGAAGCACUAAAUGACUUUGUUUUUACCGUGCCUUACUUCAAAACUAUUCCAAGUGCAAUACCAGCAGAGCAAAACAUGAGUCCUUUUGUGACAUGUUCAUGGAUGUCUGGAUUGAUUUUUUUUUUGUUUGUUUUGUUAGCGUACAAUGCGUUGUACUUAAAGGAACUGAAUGAUGUAUGCUUCUUUAUAUUACAACGAAUAAAAGAGAUGCUUACGA